UUGAUUAUAUUUACAAUGAGUUCGCCGAAAACAACAAGUCAUACUGAUUUCAAUCAACGUUUAAAUCACUGCAUAAAUACAAACUAUUAUAAUUUCAUCCAUCAAAACAAUGGUGUUCAUGAAGCUGACGAAGCGAUGGACGGUGACAUAGCAUACACGACGAGGAGAAAGACCCUGAGCGUGUCCUGGACGUUGGUAACGUCCUCGUUCGCGAUAAUCGUGCUCCUGUGCGCGCUAUGCCUGUUCUUCUUCUUUCACCCGCGCACUUGCCGGCAGCUGUCCGGCUCGCUGGCCGGCUCCACCGAGAUGCUACUGGACGAGAUACGUGACGUCAACUACGGGCGGCUGGACAACAACAUCGGCACGACGGAUGUGCGGUUGCCGCGGGACGUGGUCCCUGAAUCGUACAACUUGAGGAUCGUACCGUACCUGUGGCCGGACGACCGCGGUGCUAGCAACUCCACGUUCGACGGCCAAGUCAGCAUCGUCGUCAACGUGACCGCACCCGUGGACAACAUUACGUUGCACGCAGUCGACUUGAACGUGACGGAAUGUCUGGUGACCCGGCAUCCAAAAAUGGUCUUAAAUGAACACGUAAUGAUGGCUGAUAGUUUUUUUAUACCUAUUCAAGAAACGCAACUAGAUCUUUCUAAACAGUUCUUCAUUAUCAAGUUUAAAGAUAUGCUAGAAGCUGAUUAUCAGUAUACUAUUUAUAUAAAAUACACCGGAAAAUUCCAAGACAACAUGGAAGGAUUUUAUAAAAGCUCUUAUCGCGUAGCGAAUGAAACGAAGAACAGGUGGAUAGCUGCGACACAGUUUCAACCAACUGAUGCAAGAAAAGCGUUUCCCUGUUUUGAUGAACCCGCUUUAAAAGCUAGAUUUACUUUAGCGAUUGCAAGACCCCAAAAUAUGAGAUCUAUAUCUAAUACGGGACUUAAAAUGGCUGUUAACUUGCCAAAACUACCAUCACCACUGUCGUCUUACGAAUGGGACGCGUUCGAAGAGACGGUACCGAUGUCUACUUACCUUGUGGCGUUCAUUAUUUCUGAUUUCGAAUAUUUGUCCUCCGAGACUUUUAGAGUGUGGGCUAGAAGUGAAGUGUUAUCGCAUACUCACUAUGCCAGGGAUAUCGGUCCUAGAAUACUGAAGUUUUACGAAGAAUUUUUCUCCAUACCCUAUCCGUUGAAGAAAACCGAUCUUGUUGCACUUCCAGAUUUUGCAGCCGGAGCCAUGGAAAAUUGGGGUUUAGUGACCUUUCGGGAAAUAGCUAUGUUGUACAACGAAGGCGUGUCUCCGAAUUCCCAAAAAGAACGAGUAGCGACGGUAAUAGCUCACGAACUAGCACACCAGUGGUUCGGUAAUUUAGUGACACCAGAUUGGUGGUCAGACCUUUGGUUGAAUGAGGGCUUUGCGACUUAUAUCGAAUAUGUGGGGGUAGACCAUGUAGAACCUAAGUGGAAAAUGGAGGAACAAUUUAUUGUUGCUGGUAUACAGAGCGUAUUUUUAAUGGACUCAUUGAAAUCCACGCAUCCGAUAUCAGCGCGCGUGUCGAGGCCGGAGGAAAUCAAUGAAUUGUUCGAUUGCAUUUCCUACGACAAAGGCGCAUCUGUUAUUCGAAUGAUGGACCAUUUUCUUACCCGCCACGUGUUCCGAAAAGCCUUGACAAAAUAUUUGAACUCAAAAGCUUACAAAAAUGCGUGUCAGAAUGACUUGUGGGAUGCUUUAACCGAGCAGGCUCAUAAAGAUCGUGUUAUGGAUAAAACAUUGACUGUAAAAGACGUUAUGGAUACAUGGAUACUUCAACCUGGAUUUCCAGUUGUAAACGUGACUCGUAAUUAUGAAGAGGAUACUUUAAUUGUUUCACAGAGUCGCUUUCUUCUUCACGAUUCUAAAAAUGAUCAGUUCAAUAACUUUUGGUGGAUACCACUCACGUUUACUACUUCAUCGAAGCUAGACUUUUCGGUUACAAAACCGAGCUACUGGUUCAAACCUGAAGAACUCAUGUUGAUAACCGAAACGGGAAUAUCUUCAAAAGAUUGGGUGCUGUUCAACAUUAAUGAAACUGGAUUUUAUAGAGUGAACUAUGAUUCGAGAAAUUGGAAUAUGCUAAUUGAAUACUUAAACGACCCAGACAGUUAUUCUAAUAUUGGUACUAUUAAUCGAGCCCAGUUGAUAGAUGAUGCGAUGUCCCUAUCAAGAGCAGGAUAUUUAAGUUAUCAAACUUCUCUCGACCUGACUAAAUAUCUUUAUCAUGAGACUGAAUACGUACCAUGGAAAUCAGCGUACAGGUCUUUCACGUAUUUACAUCAAAUGCUUAUCAAAACGGCAAUUUACGACAAAUUAAAAGCAUAUGUCUUACACUUAAUAUCCCCGAUGUAUAAAAUAACCGGUUUUGCUGACAAUCCUAGAGACGACCAGCUAGUUAUAUAUAAAAGAUUUAGUCUAUUAUCAUGCGCGUGUGAGUUGGGACACUCGGAUUGCGUACGAAAUGCAGUGGCUCAAUUUCAAAAUUGGAGAUCAAAUCCUCAACCGGAAAAAAACAACCCGAUUUCACCAAAUCUAAAAGCAAUUAUAUACUGUACAGCCAUUAGCUAUGGAAGUGAGGAAGAAUGGGACUUUGCAUGGAAAAUGUAUAAAAUGACUACAGUUGCCUCCGAAAAAGAUUUAUUAUUAGACGCUUUGGGGUGUAGCAGAGAGACGUGGAUAUUAGCGAGGUUCCUCAGUUAUGCUUUACAAUCCAAUUCAUCGAUCAGGACUCAAGAAAUAAGCAAAGUAUUUUAUGCCUUAACUAAUAAAGUAGCUGGUCAAGAAGUAGCGUGGAACUACGUCCGAGAUCACUGGCGUGAACUUAAAUCGACUUUUGUUACGGGAUUUUCCACAAUGAGCGAAAUUAUAAAAUCAGCUACGUAUCAUUUCAAUACUAAAAAUGAUCUGAUUCAAUUAUGGCAGUUUUACAAAGACGAAGAGGAAUAUUUAGGUUCGGCUAAAAGGAGUGUACUGCAAUCGAUCGAAAAUGCGCAAGCAAAUGUAAAUUGGAUGGAGAAAAAUUUUAAAACAAUUAGCAAUUGGUUACAAAAUGACACGUUAUAUGUGUCCCAAUAUACCAACGAAGUGGAUUAGAUUUUUAUAUUUUAUAACUUUCUGUAGAAUGUAAAUAUAUUAUAAGUAGAUUAAACUAAUGACUAAGCUAAAAUUAAUUGUUGACACUUUUGUGUCUUUUUCGCUAAAGAUUGUCUUCUAAAGACUGUUUUUAUUUUUAAACUGCUACAUUAUGAUUUGGUGUUUAUUUUCAUUAUUAUAAUUUUUUUUUUUUUUUUUUUAAAGCAGUUUAUGCUGCAUUUAAUUCAAACAGUAUUUUUAUAUAUCUAAUUUAAGAUAACAUUAUUUACAUUGUAUCUAAACAUAUUUGAUUAUACAAUUUUAUUUUAAAAUUAAUUUAUACAAUAUUUUAAUAAAUAUAAACUAUGAGCAUUAGUUCCUGAUGGCUGAUAGGUUAUACACUUUAUGGGUUAUUCAAUGUUCAUUUAGUCUAUAUUAUAUUGUAUUCAGUGUUAAGUGUUCACAUUUCAAUAAACACUCUUAAUUAUAUUUAAA